UAUAGGGUCAUACUGAUUGUCGUACGUUGUUUUGAUCUCCUUUUAUGUUUUGUUUUGGUUAGCGUGGGUUAUUGGAGCAAAAUGGUUCACUUGAUUACAGUUCUAUAAUAGUUUUUUUUGUUAAUAUUUUAUCAUCCUGCAUUAAGUAAGCGAAAUCAGAUCUUAGUGGUAGGUUUAGAAAGCAGUAAAUACGCGAAGAAAAUAUGCAAGGGGUACGUACAGUAGGCUGAGCUUCGUGACGUCGGUCUUCAAGUUUCGUUUAAGUGCCUUCUGGAGGACAGAUAUUUCCGAGUUUGUGUUAUUUUUAAUUCAUUUUUUGCUCCUCCGUCGCUGUAUAUCCUGUAUUCGAUGUCCCAACAAUGCAGACUGGGUAUAGUGACAUAGGAUUUGUCCAGCAAAUUCUGAGUUUGAAUUUGGUACCAAGGGAAAAUGGCACUAAGUGUGGUAACGACACAUCGCUUUGCGACUUUUCAGAGAUGUGGUACGGUGUGUUCUUAUGGACCGUGGUUUCCUCCUUGAUGUUUCACCUCCCUGCCGCCCUCCUGGCCCUCGGUACCCUGCGGAAGCAUCGCGUGGCUCGCUUCAUGCCCAUUGCCAUCAUGCUGAUGAGUAUCGUGGGCCCACUCUGCGGGGGCGUCCUCACCAGUGCUGCUAUAGCAGGAGUGUACAAAGCUGCAGGGAAGAAGAUGAUUUCCCUGGAAGCCCUGGUGUUCGGAGUGGGCCAGUCCUUCUGCGUACUUGUCAUCUCCUUCCUCAGGAUCCUGGCCACGCUAUAACACUGGGAGAUGGGGAACCAGAACCGAUGUGGGCCUUCAUUUCCAGAUGCAGCUGUUCUGUUAGUGCCCCAGCUCCUUCAGCCGGAUUCUGUUCUUGCCCUGAGCGAAUAGCUCAGUCCUACAAACCCGCAGUGGGUGUGUAGCGACCGACACCGCAUGCUAAUCAUACCCACCGUGCGAGUCAGGGCUCGCUUGUCCCUGGUUUAGUACACGGCUAUUUUGCAGGGUCAUGACGUGGAACGACGGCCAGACAGGUGAAGCCAGGCUCAUUUUAGAACCGUCAACGAUCUCUCAGGUGUCCUGAACUGGAUUUAUUUCUCCCUGGGAUGCGCUUUUCUUAUUUGAUAGGCUAGUGGCCAUUAGAUUGCAGCUGUAGACCAACAUUAUGUAUCUUAAAGUGGGAGAGAGCUCAUUGUGAACCUGGCCAGAGCGACGUGUCCAAAGGCUUUGUCAGAUGUUUGGGGCGUGUAUUUUUACUAAUGAGACAAUAUCAGGCGUUCACUGAUCAGGUUUUCAAAUGCCUGACCAUGAGCUAUAAUUUCACAUAAUGCAUCUCACACAUGAGAUUUCCACUGUUUUUGUCCAUGUGGAUGAUGGUGUUGGAUUAGCACCAACUAACCAAACAAGGCUGAUUACAUCUUUGAGGUGACAUUUCUUAUUGGCACUAAAACCUUAAAAUCCCCAAACUGUACAUACAUACAUUUAUGUAUGAUGUUUUAUCCAGGGGAUAAUUGAGUGUUUUUUUUUUUUUUUAAUGUAUGCUUGAACUGCAAAGACGUAAUUCUGUGUGGAAUCUGUUUCUUUAGUUUUCGUUCCAUAAUUUCUAGCUGUUUCCAUUUCUUAUGCAGAAUCUCAAAUGGUGCCUUUAUUCAGUGACUGAUAUUUGUAAUCUGCUGUAAUUUUUUAAAUAUCCAUUUGUUAAAUAUUGAUAUUUUGAAAUAACACAAAUUGUGACCUAUGUAAAACAAUAUUUUUUUAAAACUUCCCGAAAGAACUAAUUUAGGUUGAAUUAGUUUAAUUUGAAACUAUGUUCUUAUUAUUACCUGCACAGGUUUGCUAAACGCAAGAAUGCAAGAAAUGCAAAUUAUAAUCACAGAAAAUCUUUUUUUUUUGUUUGUUUGCUGAUCAGUUAAUUAUAAAUAGGUUUAAUUUUACAAUAUAUCCAACUGCAUCAAACAUAAGGGAACUGCAGUUCUUUUUGCACUUUGCCUUUGAAAGCAGCUUUUGAGCAAUUCAUAUGUUUUGGACCAGAGGUAUGGUAAUGUUAUAAUGUGUAAGUAAAUGUCUUUUAUUUACUUGA